CAAGGUCACUGGCGGGAAAGUAAGAACGGGGUGAAAUGCCCAAAUUCUUCGAUUUAUACGGUAAGUCACGAAGCGAUGUAAAACUUUUGCCAGUAAGAAUCUCUACAGCCAUAUUCGUCAUGGAAGAUAGCCAUAGAUUGUUUCUCCAGGCCUUCAUGACACAUUAUGUGAUGUACACUAAGGAGGUGAAGGAACAUUUUGCUAUGGCAUUGAAAAGGUUUGGAGGUGAUUAUGAGCUAGGCUCAUUUGUAAUCACAAUAAAUGAAAACAUCAAGCCCUUGAACCUGGAGAUCAGAAAGGGCAUCAGCGAGAAGACAGGAAAUCAUUGCUACUGCUUGGUGAACGCAAGUGAAAAUCAUGGAAUACUGAAGCAGUCCUCAGAUUACACAGUUAAUGAACUGGAAUAUUUUAAGAAGCUGGUUGGUGAGAUUGCCAAGAGCCCAGAGGGUUCCAUCUCUUCUGUUGAUGCCCUCAACCAAGUGGACAAGCUGGAAAAUGUGAAAAUGAGCAAAAAAAUGGCACAAGAUUUGAUAGACAGGUUUCAAAAAGACCUCUGGAUUAUCAGUGAUGUCAAUGAAGGGCACAUUUCCUUAGACACAAGAUGUAUACUGGAACUUGGCCACUACUUGAAGGACACUUACGAGGAUUUCAUAGUCAACUGUGAAAUGUGCAAGCAAAUCUGUCUACAGGGUCAGUCCUGUGGUAGUUGUAGAGCCAAACUUCACCACCACUGUGCCGCACGCUGCUUCCGCAAUAGAGAUAGCCCCAAGUGUCCCGCCAGUGGAUGUGGGGCACCAUGGCCAUAUGAACAGCCAGAAAGAGUUGAACCAUCUCAACAACCAACACAAAACCAAGGAAGGAAAAGGAGAAGAUGAAAACAUGAGUAUACUGGGUCACCUAGGCACUGACUGUAGCAGCAAAAAAAAUAGGGACCAGGUAGAAAACCUAAAGAUGAAGGUGCUGAAGUUGUGUAUAGAAAUAACAUGUUAAAACUGGAUAUUGUGAUAUAUGUAUCAUAAGUGGUAUUUGCAAAUACUUUACUCUUUGUAGCAUAUAUUUCUGUCUGUACAGAAGUGACGUUUAAUUUCUUCAUUGGAAACUGAAAAAAGUCACAACUAUUUGGUUUUAUUAUCAAAGACUCCAAAUUUAAGUCAUUAAAUUUCAUCAGUGUACUUAGUGCAUCAGUGUACUUCUUUAAUUUCAUCAGUGUACAGUGUAUAUCAGUGUUCUCUGAAAACCAAAAACAAGCAUGCAGCAUAGAGUAUAUUGUAUGUUUAAAUGUUUAGUAUGUUUCAUGUCUUUAGUUGUGGUCAUAUUCCCCAUAUGUCAACCUACAGAACUAAUGAGAGGCAUUUUUAUGCAACACCAGUAGUUGUAGUUUCUUUAUUUCUUUAUUAAAUAAAACGAAUAAUACAAGAUUUACUUGCUGUUCUGCCGACAACCGCUAAAGUAAGUUAAGUCUUGAAAGAGCAAUCUUUUCAAUCAUAAUUAUAGAGAAGAAUUUUUUCGUCACGUUAGAUGGACUCAAAUGAACUGUACAUCAAAUUACAAAUUCUUAAAAAAUAAUACGGAUUUUACAUGUAAUCAAUUAGCCUUUUCCUAAUAUUUAACACGGUAAUACUGAAAGUCAAUGAGCUACAUAUAACAGCAAUAUGUAGAAAGAAAACGAUACGAGCAUGACGAGACUGCCCCAUCAGUAACGAUAAGCACGUCUUUUAAGUAGCACAGGUUUGCUGUAUUUAAACAUUUCUGCCCCGUCAAACAAAGUAUUAACUCAAAGGAACUACUGAUAGCUAUGUAUAUAUGUGCCUACCACACUUCAUAAUUACCAAUGAUAUAAUAGGAGUGUUCUUCUUUUGGGGG